UGAAUGAAUGAGAGUACCCGUCAUCGGCGAGCUGCGCGAAGCGCUUGCGCGAGUAUCGCAUGGCUGCGUGCUCGACUUCCGCGCGUUCGGCCAACUCAUCCAGCACUGUGCCAACCAUGGCCUCAACCUCCAAGGCCAACAGCUUCACGCUCGCCUCGUUCUUCACUCCGUCAUCCCGGACAACUACCUUGGCUCCAAGCUCCUAACUUUCUACUCCCGUAUCCGUUGUCUUCGUGAUGCUCGCAAGGUGUUCGACGAUAUUUCCCAGAAGAACCUCUUCGCAUGGAACGCCAUGCUACUUGGCUACGCCCUUCAUGGCGCCUACCACUUGCAUGCUCUCAAUCUCUUCUCCUCCCUCGUUGGCUCCUCGCUUUGUCCUGAUGCUAUCUCUGUUUCUGCAGUGCUGAAAUCUCUGUCUUCUUGCUUGAUCUCGUCUCUCCCUUGGUUGGCUGUGGACGCUAUCCAUUGUUUCAUAGUGCGACGUGGAUUUGAUGCAGAUCUCUUUGUGUCAAAUGGGUUGAUUACGGUUUACUCUAAGUUUGAUGAUUUAGUUUCUGCCAGAAAGGUGUUUGAUGAAAUGCCGAUGAGAGAUAUCAUUUCCUGGAACUCUAUCAUUUCUGGGUAUUCUCAGGCAGGCUACCAUGAUGAAUGCUUGAGACUGUAUUCAGAGAUGAAACAUGGAUUGGAUGGGUUGGUGCCUAAUGGUAUCACGGUGGCUAGUGUGCUGCAUUCUUGCGCUCAGAUUAAAGAUCUUGCCUUUGGAAUGGAUGUGCAUCAGUUUGCUGUGGAAAAGGAUGUUGAGAUGGAUCUUGUUGUGUGGAACUCGAUUGUCGGGUUUUAUGCCAAAUGUGGUAGCUUGGACUAUGCUCGUAGAUUGUUUGAAGGGAUGCCCAUGAGGGAUGGAGUGAGCUACAGCGCGAUGAUAACCGGGUACAUGAACUAUGGAGUUGUUGACCAGGCUAUGAUCCUCUUUCAGCGAAUCCCAAACCCAGUUCUUAGCGUAUGGAAUGCAGUGAUUUCUGGUCUGUCUCAGAACAACCGCCAUCCUGAUGUUCUGGCAAUGCUCCAUGAGAUGCAGAAUUCAGGGUUCCAACCUAAUUCAGUUACUCUUUCCAGUGUUCUGCCUGCACUCUCAUUCUAUUCAACUCUUUUAGGUGCUAAGCAAGUUCAUGCCUAUGCGAUUCGGAAUGACUUUGAUAAUAAUAUAUAUGUCACAACUGCUCUUAUUGAUGCAUAUGCUAAAGCAGGUUCACUCAGUUUGGCGAAUAGAGUGUUUGAUGGUAAUGGGGCUGGAAGUGUCAUUGUGUGGACAGCAAUCAUAUCAGCUCAUGCAGCUCAUGGUGAUGCUGAUGCUGCACUCUCUCUAUUUUCCAAGAUGCUUGAUGCUUGUGUUCAACCGGAUGCUGUAACUAUCACUGCAGUCCUCACUGCCUGUGCUCAUGCUGGGGCUGUCAAUGAGGCACUGGAAAUCUUUAAUCAUAUGUUACCAGAAUAUGGGGCAUCUCCAGGGCUUGAGCAUCAUGCUUGCAUUGUUGGGGUCCUCAGCCGUGCUGGUCAACUUCAAGAAGCUUUCAAGUUCAUUAGCAGAAUGCAGCUUGAGCCAAAUGCAAAGGUGUGGGGAGCAUUGCUUAAUGGUGCUGCAGUUUUUGGUGAUGUAGAUCUGGGGGAAUUUGCUUUCAACCAGUUGUUCGAGAUUGAGCCAGAGAACACCGGUAAUUAUAUAGUCAUGGCUAACUUGUAUUCAAAAUCUGGGAGGUGGAAGGAAGCCAAGGUGGUGAGAGAAAAAAUGAGAGAUGUAGGAUUGACAAAGAUUCCUGGCUGCAGUUGGAUAGAGAUGAAUGAUGGAUUGCAUGUGUUUGUGGCUCGAGAUACAUCAAACAGUCAUUCAAAAGAGUUGUAUGUGCUGAUGGAGGGAUUGGUUGGUUUGAUGAGAGGAGAAGGUUAUGUUAUCCAAGAUGAUUUUGUUUUAGAGGGGAGUAUCUAUUGUUGACGAUAAAUUCAUUGUAGAAGUGGCAAUGCUGCUGAGAGAGUUUGGCUCAAUGGUUAUUGAAUGAUAUGGCUGCCUCCCACAUGUUCACCUAUCAAACUUGUUGCAUAAUCAAUGGCAUGGUGAAGUUUGAAUAGAGACUGCACUUUGAUAGAUGUGGUGGGGACAUGCUAAAUUUAGACUUGAAUCAGCAUCUCUACUUUAUCUUGGCAAGCACCCUUUCCUUCUUAUUGUUCGGUGAUCCACAUUGCUUGCUGGCAUUUUACCUGUUCUCAACAGCCUAUAAUCCAUUUGCAACCCAAAAAAAAGAGAAUAAUGAGGGUUUUACUGAUAAAAAUAUUAUUUUUGGAGCAUGGAUGAGUAUGCUCACAUUUGUUUCUCAAGAUUGCACUUGGAGGAUUCACAAUUUAAACAAAUGGCGUGAAUGAUUCGUCCAAACUUAUAGUGAGUAAAGAUACUUAUUUCAUGUAUGGAGGAAGUUGUGGCCCUAGCCAGACUAGUUUGUGAAAUCAAAGCUCUUGGAGAGGACAAAUACAUCAACAUGCUCCAUCAUUCUGUAUACAAACACCGUGUGAAGAUAUUGUUUGUGAUGUGGACAUGCAGGUGUAGACAAUUGGACUCCACAUGCUGCUCAGAGAGAAGUUGCGGAUGGCCCAGACAUGGAAAAUAGGUCCUUUUGAGCUUUUGCUUCAGAACUUUUUGGUGUCAUAUUUCUCAUUAUUUUAAUAGUCACAUGGAACUCGUAGUUGCUCUUCCAGGGUAGUGAGGUUCACCAAGCUGUUGCAACACUGCUUUUGGAAGACCACGUCACACUCAUCUCCAUAGCUGAUGAAAGUCAUUCUCAGGAAGCUAAUGUGGUCAAUAUACUGCAAAGAAACUGGUUUCUCAUCUUGUUCAAACUCUUUCAUUUGCGAUGCAAACUAAAGAUGUGAUGGUAUCAAUUCAAGGGAGGCAUAGAAACUCUUGCUCAAAGCAUGUAACUCAGGCAUAGAUGAAAGAGCAGUAAAUACUCUUUCCAGUGAUGCAAAGCAUGUAAUCCCAGACAAAGAGAAGAAACAACAAAUAAUCUCUAUGGUGACACAGAGCAUGUAAACCCAGACAUAGACAAAAGAGCAGUGGGUACUCUCUGUAGUGAUGAUAAGGGAAUGAUUGAAGCAAUACAAUUACAGCAGAAGGAAAACAAAGAAGAUGAUGAUGUAAUGAAUAUAAACCUUCUGGCCAUGAGAUUUUUGAAGAGGUUUCUUCACACAAAUGAUUUAAUCACUCGCCAAGGAAUAACUACUCUCCAGUGAUCCAGGCAUGGAAUUGGAAACAAUUGAAAGAAUUGAGUUACAAAAAAAGGAGAACAAUGGCUAAGGAAUCGGUAUUUCUUCCACUGAAGAAAGUCAGAGGUAGAAUGUCAUCGGAAGGUGAAAACAAUGCAGAAUGGAAGCAGGUAACCUCUGGUCAAUCUUUGCCAGUGGAUGAUGAGAAAAUUGUUCAGCAAAAUGAAGGGGUUUAUUGUGAGGAUUUGCAACUUUUGCUUCUGGUGAGUCUUCUGCACAUCCAAGGGAUGCAAAAACAGAAUCAGGUCAUUAAGAUCAACAAGCAAAUGAAAUGAAAACAUUUGAAUGAUGCUGAUUCAUGAUAGUUCUGAAUUUUUGAGACAGAAACAUCUGUUUGCAUUCUAGAAUUUUUAAUAAUUUAAUAAAAUUAAUUUUUAAUAGUAACUCUUUGCAAAUAUAUUAUUUAA